UUUCGCCGUGGCAGUCUCGUUGAGUCUUGCAAUGCCCUUCUUUGGCCGUGAUGCUGCUGUGCUAUGUGUGCUAAUGUGCUGUGUUCCGAUUCAGUACUGGCUAGCACAGCGCUCCUUUGUCAGCCCAGACCACCGUACAGCUGAAGUGUACAAGUUGGUAGAGGAAGUGCGGAACUUUGCAAGUAACUGGCUUUCUGUAGAAACAUGGCAGAAUUGGUUAAUUGGAAUGAAGAAGAAGUUCAUCACUAAUGACUACAGCCACUGGUACACAGCUGAUGCAAAUGAUCCUGAGGGAGAAUGCCCAGCUGUGGAGGUCUGGCAUUUGCGGAACCCCAAGGGAAUGUUUGCGAUGUCGCCCAGGCCCCGCACAAAUCGACCCCUGGGA